AUGGAAUCAGUUCAAGAAUUGUGUUUGGGCGGGUGCGGAUUUUUCGGGUCACCAGCUAAUGAAGGACGUUGUUCUGUUUGUUACAAAGAACAUAUCCUGAAGAAACAAUUAUCUUCCUUACCUAAACCAACUGCUGCAAGUUCAAAUCCCGAGUUAUCUUCAUCUUCAUCUUCAUCUUUGUCUUUAUCUCAAUUGGCUGCGAGUUGUUCAGAAGCUUUGAGUGACGUUGCAGAGCCUGAAACUGAAACUUCGGAGCCAGAAAAAUCGAAGAAGAGAAAUCGGUGCUUUACCUGUCGGAAGAAAAUUGGUCUAACCGGGUUUGAUUGUCGCUGUGGUGGAGUUUUUUGCGGUCUUCAUCGGGUCGCCGCAGUGGUGAUAGUUGGGGGUAAUGAAUUCCAGAAAUUCGUCCCCAAGACCAGGAACGAGUGUUGA